AUGGCUGGAGUUACCAUCUCCAGGAAUGCAGGCCUCUCCCUGCACAGGACAUGUGUGAAGCCAAAGGAUGCGCCGGCAUCAAAGGCGGCUGAGCUCCUGGUGUGUCGUAGCCUGGGCAUAGUCAAGAACGGCGAGGACGUCACCGCGGCGGCUCUAGAUGCCUUUGCAGAACGGUUCAAGGACCAGCUGCCUCAGGAAGUGAUCAACUCCAUGCGUAAGCUUUUCAAGCUCGACGACGGGCAAGCUGCAGGUGUGGAAGACGCCCUCAUCCAGCACGGAGGUGCCGGUGUCAUGGACAUGGAAGGGCCAGACGGCGGUGCUGCAGCGCUGCUGGCAGCAAUUUGA